AUGGCUCCGUACGAGGCCUUAUAUGGACAGAAAUGUCGUGCGUCAACCUAUUGGAAUGAAGUCGGAGAAAAAGUCAUCAAAGGACUUGACUUGGUUCAUAUUACUACCGAAAAAGUCAAUAUUGCCCGCCAGAAAAUGAAAGAAGCUCAAUCACGCCAGAAAAGUUAUGCGGACAAACAUCGYAAGCCUCUCGAAUUCCGUCCAGGUGAUCAUGUCUUUUUGAAAGUCUCGUCGUUCAAAGGUACCCGGAGAUUUGGAAUCAAAGGCAAGCUUAGCCCUCGAUACAUCGGUCCAUUCGAAGUUUUGGAGCGUGUUGGAAAAGUUGCAUAUCGUCUAGCCCUACCGCCUCAAUUAUCGCACAUAUACAAUGUUUUCCAUGUAUCGRUGYUCCGCRGGUACAAUUACCACCCUCUUCACGUCGUAGAAUAUCCGUGUGAUAAAAUUGAAAGUGGUCUCUCUUAUACGGAAGAACCAGAAGCAAUUAUCGAUCGGGAGGAGAGAGUGAUGCGACGAAAAGUAAUUCCGUUUGUCAAAGUUUUAUGGCGAAAUCAUUCGGAACGAGAAGCUACAUGGGAAACUGAAGAUUCGAUACGUAAAGAAUAUCCUCAUCUAUUUCAG